AUGUCAUCGUCACCGAAAACAUCGAAUAACGUUUAUCAAACAAACAAUAUGCAUCAAGUUGGAGUACCAUGUUGUUAUCCAUCAUCGAUGAAUUAUUCUACAGCAAAUUCGGCAAAUAUGUCAAUGAUGGGUCCACUUUCUCCAACAUCCAUGAAUAUUAUGCCCACAUCAGUAGGAGUUUAUGGACAAAUGGCUAAUGGUGGUACACCAUCUACCGCUUCCUAUGGUACACAAUCAUCAAUUAAUGUUUUAAAUUCUUUAUCGCCUACACGUUAUCAAGGUAGCAAUCAAAUGUCAACAGAAAAAGUGAAUAUUAAUAAUAGCAAUAAUAACAGCAUGAAUAAUGCAGCAACCGUGGCAGCUGCAGCAGCUGCUAGUGCUUAUCGUCGAAAUUUUAAUGCUUGCGCAAAACCACCGUAUAGUUAUAUUUCUCUGAUAACUAUGGCCAUACAACUUUGUCCAAGUAAAAUGUGUACUCUAUCCGAAAUUUAUCAAUUCAUCAUGGACUCGUUUCCAUAUUACAGACAAAAUCAGCAAAGAUGGCAAAAUUCUAUUCGUCAUAGUUUAAGUUUUAAUGAUUGUUUUGUAAAGGUGCCUCGAUCACCUGAUCGUCCUGGUAAAGGAUCUUAUUGGACAUUACAUAAUGAAGCAACAAAUAUGUUUGAAAAUGGUUGCUAUUUGAGACGUCAAAAACGAUUUAAAUGUCCAAAACGUGAAGCAUUUCGAAUUCAUCAUCGUGAUUCAAAUCCUCGAAAUUUAGAUAAAUCUAAUACAUCAAGUAGUGGUAGAAGUCCGCUCUCAUCAUCGUCACAAAAAUCAUCUGACGAUUCACAGCAUGGAUUAAUAUCACCAAUAAAUCAACAUCGUUCAACAUCUCUUCUUCAAAAUAAUUUCAUUCAUCAACAAAAUUCAAUUCAUCAAGGAAAUGGACAAUCGGACACAGAUUCUCGAAAUCAUGCUAUCGCUGCAACAAAAUUAAAACAAGAACAGUGUGACUUUAAUAAUCACAUAAUGUCAUUUGAUCCACAUUUUUCAAAUAUAAAUUAUCAUCCAUUUGCAAUAUCAACUUUGAUGCAAGCAGCAGCCACCGGUGAUGGUUCAAAAUUUUAUGAUAGUUCAGCAUUAAAUUAUAAUUUGUAUGCCGCAGCAUCCGCUAAUUUACCACAAGCAUUUUCAUCAGACUAUUAUAUGUAUGCACCACCAACACAAGCUCUAGCUCAUGGUGGAAUGUGA